ACAAAAUUAAAAAAAAAAAAUCAACAGCUACAUCAAAACAACAAUUUCUUCGUUUUACACUCAUAUAUAAACAAGCUCGAGUUACGUAACUCAACUACCGCACAUCGCAGCGCGGCUUCAUCGUCGGUCAUCGGAAACCUUAAGCGGUUUUCUAGUUUGGAGGCACAAUGAGAUUGGAGAAAUGCUGGUUUUGUUCUUCAACUGUAUACCCUGGACAUGGGAUCCAGUUUGUUCGCAAUGAUGCAAAGAUUUUUCGGUUUUGUAGAUCAAAAUGCCACAAGAAUUUUAAAAUGAAGAGGAAUCCUCGUAAAGUAAAAUGGACCAAGGCAUAUAGGCGCGUGCAUGGGAAGGAUAUGACACAGGAUUCAACCUUUGAGUUUGAGAGAAAGCGAAACAGGCCUGAGAGAUAUGACAGGAAUCUUGCUGCUGACGUACUCAAGGCCAUUCCUAAGAUUGAAAAAAUCAGAGUUAGCAGGGAGGAGAGACACCACAAGAACAGGAUGAAAGGCAACAAGGCGAAAGUGCAGAAGGAGGCAGAGAAGGAGUACGGACAGAGCAUCCAUAUGGUCAAAGCUCCUUCCGCAUUACUACAGGAGAAGAUCAAAGUCAAGGUUUCCCAACAACAAUCAGAAGAGAAUCCUCUCAUGGAAGAGUGAUUCUAUCAAUGUCUGCACUCAUGUUAUUUUGUUUUGUUUUCAGUUUAACAUUUAUGGCUUCCUGUAUAAGGCCCAGUUACCUGUGGCCUUGUGAUCAUUUAUUUGAGUUGAAUGUUGUAGCUUUUGCAUAAAUUUUUGGGUGAAUGUUUGGUUGUGAGAUAGGGAACAGUUCUAAAGAAGUUUUGAAAUAUGUUUUAAA